GCAUUGGAUGUAUGUCUAUGUGUCAUAGUAGCAAGUAGCAUUUGGAGCUUUGCCAACCUCUGGUUCUUGAAAGUCUUUACAAGCCUUCUAGCUUUUGUCACUUCUGCCACAAACAAAACCACACAUUUUAUUACAGAUUCUUGGGUUCUGAUAAAUCUUUCUUUGUAAAUUCCUUGAUCUUCUCAACUUGGUCACAAAGAUUUAAGCCUCCAAUCCAGUAAAAUCUCAUUGAAAAUGGUGCAAUUCAAGACCAUCAAGACCAAAAUGUGGAUUUUUUCCCAUUAGUUUUCUUCCCAAAAAGUUUACAAUUUUUUCUUUUCUCUUUACUAAAUGGAAGACAUGAACGCCAAAAACAUCUUCAGUUCUUGUUCUUUUGCUUUCCCUAGUUGCAUGCUUUCUUUCUGGUUUGCUCCAACCACUCGUCCUCCUGGUCUAGACCCUUAAAUUUUUUGCAGACAGAUUUCUGUUUUUAUCUCUAUUUUAUGUUGUUAUAUGCAUUGUUUUCUUGAAAAUUUUGUGUGAGCUUUUGGUACUUUUAAAAGUGGAUAUGACUUGGGAUUCUUGCAAUUUGGAAAAUUCAAACUUUUGGUUGAGUGAAUUGGAAUAUGUGGAGAAUUUUUGGCAGAAUUUAGGUAGUGGGUCAAUGUUAAAUGGUGAAAAUUUGCUGGACGAUGGUGAAAAGGUGGAGACUUUAAAGGCUAUGGAGGUUUUGGAUGAAAAGAAAGAUGGGGAUAUAGAGGUGAAGUCUGUGGCUGCUUUGAAAAGCCAUAGUGAGGCUGAGAAGAGGAGGAGGGAGAGGAUUAAUGCGCAUCUUGAUACGCUUCGCGGGCUUGUACCUUGCACCGGAAAGAUGGACAAAGCCAGUUUACUUGCAGAAGUUAUCAGCCAAGUGAAACAGCUAAAGGUUUCUGCCGCUGAAGCCAGCAAAGGACUCCUCAUUGCGACAGAUGCUGAUGAAGUAAAAGUUGAGCCACUUAAAAGGAGCUCCGCGUGUGGAACUUACUAUUUGGCAUCUGUAUGUUGUGAUUACAAACGCGAGGUUCUCUCAGACAUGAAGCAAGCUCUUGAAUCCCUUAAUCUAAAUAUUGUGAAGGCUGAGAUAUCAACCUUCAAAAAGAGGAUGAAGUAUGUUUUUGUCUUCACAAGCAGCAAAGACAAUGGUAAUGCCAAGGAACAUCUGUUUUUAAUGAACACAGUUCGUCAGGCUUUAAGUUCAAUCCUAGAAAAGAUUUCACUAUCCAUGGAAUACACUCCAAGAACAACACCUCCAAACAAAAGGCGCAAGAUUUCUUUGUAUGAAUCUUCAAGCUUAUCUUCGUGAGAAUGCAGUCUGGACUGUGCUGGAAAAUGCAGUAUCUGAUGAUUUGCAUGCUAUAUAGCAAAGCCUUGUGCACAUAUUUAAGAUGAAGAUGAACUCAACUAUGUACAAUGAAUGCAUGGCAUUAAGGGAAUAAUUUAAUUGAGUUGCUUUUGAUUGUAUUAAUAAAAUAAUCUAAAAUUUAGCUUGUUAAAGGUUUUGAUGUUUCUUCUUCUCAAAUAAUUUGCUACAUGAUGUAAUAUAUUCAAUGAAUUUUGUGUUUGAAAUUAUCAUAGAAUUCAUAUGUACUGUGUGUUUUUUAGUA